AUGCCGGGCGUAGGAGCGAUGGGGUCGUCGGAGGAUUCGCAUGCACUCGACCGGCCGCUCCUGAGGUCUCACAAGACAUUCCCUCGGCGGGAUGUGAUCAUUCCUAGCAUCGAAAUCGUCCAACCGGUAUCUCCGGAUCAGAAUGGGAAACUCACUGCGACACCCGCGCCUCCUCUGACACCCCCGGAUGCAGGUCAAGAAACCGCGAUUGACGAACGAACUCCCAAAAAGAUGGCCUCCUCGGUCUCAGAUCUUCUCACUACUGGGACGUUGACUCCCCGCCGUACCUCCAAACCUCCGACCCCUGAUGUGACACCCCCUCGAACGAAUAAUUCAACCAAGCGACCGGCCUUGAACAACUUGGUCCACUUAUCUUCAUCAUCUCGGGCCGAGUCGUUCCAAACGGCGCUAGAAAGUAUCUCUUCGGAAGAGGACAUGGAGACCCCGGGCCGGAUGUCCCAAGCCACGAUAGAGACGCCCAGACAAAGGAACCAGCAAUCAAAGCCACCCACCUCAAGUGGAUGUCUUUCACACACUGCAGACACCAGACUGUCUUUGAAUUCAUCCUCGAGACAAGCUAGUGAGACUGAAUACGAGACAGGAUUCGAGUCAUUUGAUGGGGAUUGGGCCGCCAACAUGACUGAUGGGUCGCCAACACCGUUAGCUGGAAAGCGAAAGUACGUACGGAACCAUACCAAAGCAGAUCGACCUUCGACCGCAGCCAGAGAUACACUGGAUAUCAAGCACUUGGACGCUUCUUUGAUGCGGGAAAAGACCUUGCGUGAACGAAUCAAUGGUGCUCCUGAAAUGAGACCAAGUCCCUCCAUGGAGCAAUUUCGGGAGAACAUUGGGUGGCCAUCGUCAGAACGCCGAGCCAAGGCCAACGAAAUCGAGGCCCGUCCCAUCUCAGUCAUAUCCUCGACAUCGACGGUAGAGGCUAUGAUCAUCGACUCUCCGAAACGCGCGCAACGUAUGCUCCGGCAUUCUGGGAAAAGAAGCUCCCUGCGAUCUGCUAGCUCUCCUAUCACAGCGUCAGAGCGGACCUCUUCUACGUCUCUUUCAGAAUCGCAACAUCGUCUGACCCACAAAGCAACUCGAAUAUCUCCCCGGGAUCAUCGUAGCGUGUCGUCGGAUGUAUCAUUUUCAGCCAAGGCAAGCAGCAGUGCCACACAGCCCAAGAUUGAAACCAUCAAUGUCGUGGUGAUACCUGAAAGGAAUUCGUCGCUCAAGUCGACUGCCAAUAGCUAUGCUUCUUCCAAACCGAGUUCCCAACGGUCAAGUCGUCGUCCACCAACAACAUCAACGGGUCGUACCGACAUUGCUCAGCGAGAAAGACAGCAUGGUUCUGAAACCCUCUCGAUCCAGUCUCGUGAGGUAGAUGAUAGGAGUCGCUCUUUGCAGCGGCCCUUCAUCCCACCGCGAAGCUCCUCUCUUUCUGCGCCUACAAGCCGGGACAAUUCUCGCGCAGCUUCUCUCGCCUCCAACAGCCUGCGGAGUCGGCCCGUAGAGCGGCCCAUCAUCCCAGCCCGAAGCUCUUCGCUGUCUGCACCAACCAGUCGCAACAACUCUCGCGCAACUUCCCUGACCUCGGAUAGCCUGCGAAGUCAUAACUUGGCGAUGGAUCUCGAACUGCACAAGCGCCGUGAACAUCAGCCGAAAUCCCCACCUCGCCAUAAUGUUCUGGCAUCGCCCGAACCACCGAUUCUACCCCAGGUGCCUCACAUACCGGGUUUAUUCUCUAGCCCAGAGGAUAUGGAGCUGCUACAGCCUCCUGCUAUGCCCUUCACCCAGGGCUCUAUUCCAUCGUCUUCCCCAGGCCCAAUUGAGAUCCAAGAAGCUACAGCUGUCAGCUUGUUUGCGCACAAUAACCACUCACUGCUGCUUGUUGAUCCACGAGUACGAGCCUCAAGUCGCCCCCUUCAAGCGCUUGGGAUUUCCCAUGACAAUGUACGGCCGCACACACCAGACAAUGUCGUACAAAGAGAAGCCCUCUUUGUUGACUCUCCCCUUAAGAAUCCUCGGCCUCCGCCCAAGCCCCCUGUCAGCAAACCCCUUCCCCCGCUUCCAACCAAAGAUCAAGGGCCUGCCAAUGACAACGAUGAAAUCAAAGGUCCCACUAGACGAUGGAGUUCAGUUCGACGUUCUUGGAGUGCCCGCCCCCGCUCAGACUCUUUUAAUACACUGACGCGCUCGUUCUCAAUGAAAUCGGCUAAGAACCGAACAACGGGAAUGGAAAUGGACAGCCGACUCCACCCAUUCUGGCGCCCUCGUGGUUUCUGGGAAGACGUACCUAGCUCCCCAGAGAAACAACUAUCUCCGGCGCAUCCGCUUCCCUCUACCCCCGACGAGUCUUUAGUAGUUAACAACAGCCUCGGCUUACCCCAGCGGCGCAUCAUACUUGAUGGCCCGCCAUCCUUGGCACGCCGCAGCCCCGAGUUGAAGCGCUUCUUCAAUGGAAUGACCAGCAACGGCAGCUUAGUCGAUCAAGGCAUCUUCCGAACAGGCUCUCCACUGCACCCAGCUCGGUUCCAGGCUCUCUCCCGCUGGGGCCGGCGGAUUCAGGCAAUGUCCUGGCGUAAUAUGCAUAAUCGCGUGCGACGUACGCGUCAGCGACGCGAUGAGCGAAAGCGUGCUGUCCGCCGCGAAGCCCUGAAACGGAGCAUUGGGCCUCCCAUCUAUGUAGCUUCCAGUGCUACGGUCGGGGUGACCACGAGAUGA